AAAUAGGUGUGGAAUUAGAAAACGGGGCGCAUGUGUAACUUUUUCGCGAUGUUGUCUAUCGGAUGACUCCCUUUUUUCCCCCUCUCAGAGAUGCCACAUUGUAGAGGAAACCGGCAAGGGAAAGACAACGAACACAGAGCUGUCCUGCGCGGUGACAGGCGUGUGCUUGACUCACCCGCUCGCCCUUGAAGCUCUUGUUGCCACUAGAAACGGCCGCCAUUUCGGAGCGGGGCUUCCCGGGCAACCGUAACAGCAAAGCCGGCCGCUAAGGCGGGGAAAAGAGAACGCCAAUGACGGAGCGGGAGAAGGCUGGUGACGGGAUGAAGAAGGGGGGGACCGCGUUGUAAGCAAAAAGUAAUUACUACGUAAUGGUCGCGGAGCAACAGGUGUACACGUCUGGAAAAGAUAUUGCAGCUUUUAAGGCAAGUGUGCUGUUGGGUCUUCCAAAAUAGCCUAACUUGUGAUUUGAAGAACUGGGAACUAUAUAGUUCAUCAAGAGUUGAAAAAUGCCCUCAUGCUUCAAGAAUCUGCCACCUGGGUUGUGCUUGAGCUUCCACAGCUGAUGUGAAGGGCAUCAUUCUCAUUAACUGAAAUGACAGAGGUGAAAACCUUGGGGAAGCCACAUCCAGUCAAAUCUAUUGACAUGAUUGGACAGAAUUGGAUUAAACUCUACAUCAGACAACCAAGGCUACACAAACAUAUGUCUUCUGCAACAUGUCAUCGACUCAAUAAAAGUGUAUUCAUGGUAGAUUUAUACUGGACCUUCCAUGCAUCAUUCUGCUUUAUUAGUUUUUCUGCAAUGCUUCCCCAAUGUUACCACAUUACUGCCAUCUAGACUGGGCACUCUUGCGCUACAGUGCAACAAAAACCAGACAAAACAAAACACUUGGAACAAUUGUGGCAUGCAAAGUUACAGGAUUUCAAACAGGAAGCUACAGGACAUGCACUGAUUGGACAAAGCAGUGUGUUUGCCCUGAAACUUUUGCAGGCACCAACAGCAGGAUUGUGUAUAAUUGCCCCAAUACCAUCAUGAUCCCAAAUAACCAUGAACGCAAGCAAAAAGACUAUCUGGAGGGGCUCUCAAUCUGAACCAGCACCCAUGGUAUGUUUCUCCCGACAAACCACAAUCGGGAAGUCACAAACUUCUGAGCAAGCAAACUAUGGUUCAGACAAAACACUAAGCCAGCCACUGCAUGCUUGGUCUCCCCAGUGGAGGGAGGAGUAAAGUGGGAGCUUCAUUCACAAAUUAAUUUGCUUAACCAUGGUUACCAGACUAGUAUGGCAUUCAAACAUGGCCUUUGCACCAGUAUCACAGGAAGAUGAAUCUGGGGUGAAUGCUCAAUAUCCAGAAGUAAGAUAUCAACAAAACACUACAGGCCAAAAUAAUAUUUCCCUCCCUGCUUUGCAAAAACAGCUUAUUGUUACUCAACACGUAAAAUAUACUUUAACAUUCUUCAAAGAAGCAUAGAUGACUCAUGAAGUUAAAGCUUCAAGUUAUGCGCCACUUAUGCUAGAGCAUUCCCAUUGGGUUUCAUGAGGCUAACUUGGGCCAUGUGAGCUGCAGAAUGCUGUCUGAAGAAACUUUUUUGGUGCAAAGAAUGCCCAUAUAUUUGGGGACCCCAGAGAAAUGACUUCUCCUCAGUAGUGUCAGAGAAGUACAGCAGAGCAUUUUUAACACGCUGCAUAUCAAGGAGAGAGGAGUCCCUCUAACACAAACGUUGCUUUAAGAAAGCUUUGUGCUGAUCAAAGCCACAUUAUUAAAAUCUUUCUCCAGGCAAUCCUUAAAUAAUUCCUGGUACAUAUAUAGCUGGCUGUAGGCUUCUCCCCUUCCAAACACGCUCUUGCCCUUAACAGGAUUGUUUUGUUUUGUUUCUCUUCUCCCUAGUGUUGAGGAAAAUGUUGCAUCCUCCAGGUCAAUGACAAAUUCCAUUUCUCCUUGUCUCUCUUCUCUCUCUCUCUCUCUCCCCACACACACAUUAGUAGAAGAGGGGCCAACAACUUUGCUUGCAUGAAAAGACUAUGCAGAAAGAUCUCUACCGACAGCAAGGACUCACCCCGGAGGGAGGGAGGAAGGGGAACCAAAGACGCAGAGGACAGGAAAUGGCAAGCCAACUUGCGCACUCUGCAGUCUCUCGACUGCUACUGAACAGUUCAUAGAUUCUCUUUCUCCCCCCCCCCCCUCAAAAGCCUCAGCUAGGAAUCUUGCCGUUAGUGAUGUUUAGCCCCUCCUUUGCUGCAGCCUUCUAUUGGUAACAGACUCCUGGCUGUUUGCAGGGGAUCCCACCCUCUUCUCGCCUGUGUUGCCAUCCCGAAGCUCUCCCCAAGUUUACACCUGAAGGAGUGCCAAGCCUCAGGGACUAUAUAAAGCAAGACUUUGGGAGGAUUUGCACAGUUGCAGAAAAGGCAGCCAGAGCAGCAGCCAGAAGAAGAGCGAGGAUUCACCAGGCGCACAGCUUGAGCUAGCCAUGAUCCUCCCUGCUCUCCAGGUCUCCGGCUUCCUGCUCGCCUGCUUGCUCCUGAAGAGCUGCUGGGCUUUCAAGAACGAUGCUACCGAGAUCCUGUAUUCGCACGUUGUCAAACCCAUCCCAGCCAGCUCCGGCCACAACAGUACCUUGAAUCAAGCCAGAAACGGAGGCAGGCACCCUGAAUUCGACCGCAGCAGUCAUGUUCAAGUUGGUUGCCGUGAACUGAGAUCCACCAAAUACAUUUCUGAUGGCCAAUGUACCAGUAUAAACCCUCUGAAAGAGCUGGUAUGUGCUGGGGAGUGCCUACCUCUGCCAGUGCUGCCUAACUGGAUUGGAGGAGGUUAUGGAUCCAAGUACUGGAGCAGAAGGAGCUCACAGGAGUGGCGAUGUGUCAACGAUAAAACUCGCACCCAAAGGAUUCAGCUGCAGUGUCAAGAUGGAAGUACAAGAACCUACAAAGUAACUGUUGUUACAGCUUGUAAGUGCAAGAGAUACACUCGGCAACACAAUGAAUCCAGCCAUAACAUUGAAGGAGCAUCUCAAACAAAGCCAGUCCAACAUCAUAAAGAGAGGAAACGGAACAGCAAAUCCAUAAAGCAUCCCACAAGUUAGAACUCAGCCAUACAUCUUUAAAAUUGAACUUAUCAAUAAUUGCCUGCUUUACAGAUAUCACUGCCUAACAAAAACCCUAAUGUCAUUGUUGCUUCUCAGCUGGGUGUACAUAUACUUGUGGCUUUGACCAAACUCAAAAGGGCAUUCUGUGCAUAAGGACUUUGUGUGUGUUGGCAUCCAUGUUUUCAAGAUGGGCUCCAAGCCUGCAGCUUCAUGAACUUUGCUUUCUUCUUUUUACUGGAAACAAAGAGUUGUGGACAUGGACAUUCAAUGAAUUUUAUAUUGCAGAGAGCUGCUGUGGUGUGUUUUUAUGGGCACAAGUUCUAGAUCAAGUAUUUAAUCCAUCUCAUUAAAAAGGAAAUAAAUGAUUUGAAUUUCACUCCAGCGAGACAUUGUGCAUGCUGAUCAUUUUCUUCAACACAAAUACCUGUAUCGACAAAUUUGUAAACAAAAACAAAAUGCACAUGACAGCAGCUUGAAAAGUAAAUUUGAACAAAAGCUAUUUAUUUGUCAAUGUAACUAUUUAAUGAUCUUGAAUAUGUUUUCUGCUUUUUAAGAUGCACGCUUUAUGUCUCACCUUGUUUCCCAUGCAUCAAAGUAUUUUCCUACAAUUCUUGGUCAGACUAGAAUAUACAUUUUGUAGAUAAUGUAAAAUAGAU